CGUGUCCCUUUUCUCAAACGAUCGUUGACCAAGCUGGCAGUCGGACACGUACCACUUUCGAUCCGGAACGUCGCUGAAGAAGAAUAGUAGCAGGAACAGGGAAAAGCCAGCGGCAGAAGAAGAAGCAAGAAGAAAAGUUUUCCCAUUUCUUGCCCAGUUGGAUCCAUUGAUUGGAAAAUUCGGCCGAGAAACGAGCAAAAAACCGACACAUUAGGAUUACCAGUAGAGCAAGGCGGUGCACGCAGAGCAGAGGAGGGAGGAGAAGCAGCUAGCGAAAAUUUCCUGAACGAAACCCGAGAAAGGAUUUUGGAUUUUCACACGCCUGCCCUUGUUACCUACACAGCAAAACACACAAAAUAUGAGCGCUGAACCACCAGCAGCAGAGUCAGCUCCAGACGGACUCGCACCGGGCGCAGCGGGAGAACCUGGAGCAGAUGGAAUUGUCGGCGGACCAAGGACUCCCCAGCAGAUCGCUGCACAGAAGCGACUGCAACAGACACAGGCACAGGUAGAUGAGGUUGUGGAUAUCAUGAAAACGAAUGUCGAAAAGGUGCUGGAGAGAGAUCAGAAACUGACGGAACUAGACGACCGAGCCGACGCCCUGCAGCAGGGAGCCUCACAGUUCGAACAGCAAGCCGGCAAACUGAAGAGGAAAUUCUGGCUGCAGAACCUAAAAAUGAUGAUAAUAAUGGGUGUAAUUGGCCUUGUUAUACUUGCAAUCAUUGUAGCGAAAUUUAUGCCAGCUGAACAACCACAACAGCCGAUGAUGAUGGCCCCGCAGAUCCCGAUGCAACAGAUGCCAAUGCAGGUACAGGCCGCCCAGCAAGCCCCGGCUGCACCGGCGGCACUCGUACAGGACGUCUCGUCGCUAGUUUCCAAUCAGCAUCAGUUUAAAAACUAAAGUCAGUAAAAAAUCAUAAGAAACUAACUUAAAAGAGUUAUUCGACGGUGAAACAAGUAAAAGAAAAAAAAACAAAAGACACACACAACAACACUCACAUUAAAUGAUACAAUUUGAAGAAUAAUUAAAGUAUAUAGUGACGACAAAACAAAAACUCUUUACAUAUGAUCUAUUAUACAUAUUUAUCGAACAAGAGAAACCAAAAAAUUAAAAAAAGGGAUGGUCGUUUAUUUUCUACUUAAUCAUUGAUUAUACCUAACUAAAUAAAUUUAUGUAUGUUGUUACCGAUCUCGUUUAGAUUUUGUCUGGUGACAAAGCGAUGCAUUCUUCGUUAUGAACGUUACUCCAGAGUUUUUUCCACGAGCUUUUCCCCACAUGAGAAAGCGCGAAAUGUUCUGAAGACAUACUCAAAGAGUCGAAUCCCAGAAUUACACACACACAUUAAUCAGUAAAGGAAGAAAAUAUUAGACAAAAAAAACCUACAGCACAGAAGUAAUAAACAACAAUUCCAAGCAAAGCCGCAUUUUUACAUGUCCCCAAGAGUCGCAAAACACCAAAGAAAAGAACACAAGUGAGGAACUACCGAAAGGAAAAUAAAACUUAAUUAUACAUCAAAAAAAGUGAAAUAGAAAAUCUACACUGAAACAAAGAAGAAUGAUGAAAAAAAACUCAAACUUCUAGAUUUUUGUUGACAAACAACACAAAUUGACAACAAAGCAAAACAAAGGUAUUGUUAAGUUCCAACGAGAUAAGCGAACAUACAGAUUCCAGACUACAACGCGUUGUUUGGUUUGCUUAACAAGAGAGCAUAAGGUUAGAGCAAAAAUUGUUAUAAAUUUGAACUUUAGGGAAAACACAAAUUUACUAUAGGACACAAUUACAAAAUAGUGGAAACAAGGAUACUACUAAAACCGAUAUAAUCAUUAGCGAAGAAUUACAAGAUACGAAAUUUUCGUCAAUGUUUCUUUCACCCUUCGGUUCAACCCUCUUCCAUCUGUGCACGCGCCGAACGGUUACUGUUUGCACUGAGAAAAAGCGCUUCUGGCUUAAACCACAGUGUCACAGCAGCAAAACGCUGAGAUUCGUUCACUCGAAGGUGCUCAACGUUUUCUCCUGUGCACACAAGCACACACAUACAUCUCACGAAAAUUCAACUUUUUUGUUCUGUUUCUCGUCGGUUAGCACGACCUUUAGUACAACAAUUUCAUGCUGAAAGUAGAAUUUAUCGAUAGUGUCAUGAUAAUCAACAGAUUUUUCUUCGACAACACCUCUCUGUGUCCACUUACCAAACAAAAAUAAAAGUUUAAAGAGAAGCUACUAGUCGUUCCUUCUAUUAAAGUGUCUCAAAACAAAGCAAAAAUUAAAAAAAAAAAACGUAAAAGCAAACUCGCCAUAGUUUCACCAUUUUCCCGAAUCUCAUCACGCAUCACCGUCGCCCAUGAUGUGAUAGCCAUGAGUCUAUUGUUUCGCUUACCCACACAGCCUCACUCAUACAGAAGAAGUUCAAAGAUAUCAAAACAAACCAAAAAACACACACAACAACACAUUUUGCUCCGAUGGAACCGUUUCUCUCAGCAGACAGGCGAUUUUGUCCCGGAAACUACUUUCAUGCAGUGAACAAUGAUCCCGGAAAGGUGAAAGUAAACAGGACAAAAUUGGAAAUCAAUUCAACUCAACUCAACUCAACGAUGAAACAUAGUGAAACCAUAGUUUAAAAAAUCAAUACAAAUCUAAAAACAAAGCAAAACGGCAUAAACCACAGGAGGUAGACAUCAGAGAAAAGGAACAACAAAACAACAGAUUUAAAUUACUCAUACACGCAACACACAGAGCCACACAACACACACGUUCAUGUUCAGCAUUCAGAAAAUUAGGGCAACACAUUUGAAAAUAAAACAGAACAACAACAACAACAACAACAAAAAGAAGUAAAUGAGACAAGACAUGUGUUAUGUAAUAAAACGUAAAUUGAAUAGUGGAAAUAUUUCACACCGGAACAAAAAGAUUAUUUUAAUUUUACUAUUUUGAAUUCAAUAUCUUUAAACAAACAAAAAAUGAACAUAUAUAUACUGACAAAACAAAUAAUAAACAAAGAAAAUGGGGAAAAAAAACAUAUAAAAAUUACAUAUAUAUAGCUUUGAAAAUUGUAAAAAAAUACAACUAUAAAUUAUUAUCUAUACUUUUGCGACCCCAUUGCGAGAGACCCAUGCGAAACACAAAAGAAGAAGCAGAAGAAAGCAAAACAAAAAUCAGAAAAUGCGACACGGACACGGAGAAUAAAAUGGGGAAACAAAUGUGGAAUGCAAGGGAAUGAAAAAAAAACAAAAUGGCAGCAAAUCUGUGCUAAUCACGAAUAAAAAACCAAACAACACGAAACGAAACUAAUCGAACGGAGGAAGCAGCAACUCGAAAGGAACUGUGGACAAUUUGACGCUGAAUACACAGCACAACCAUAAGAAGAAGAAAAAAAGAUGAAGAAGAAGAACAGGAAGACAAGAAGAAAAGUAUAAAUAAUAAUGAAUAAACGAUAUAUAAUUAAUGAUUAAAUAAAGACAAUUAACUAGUGUAUGUAAAUA